CCGCUCGCGCCCUAAGGAGGAUGCGCAGCGGGAACGGGGACUCCCGCCGGGACCGCGCGCACGGACGCCGCCCCCUGCCCAGCGUGAGUCUGGGAGAGGGAAGAGAGUCUGUAUAGUGACAGCUUCCGAGGCUGCAUUUCUCCCCUGCAGUGAACGCUUGUGUGGAGACACACCGGAGAGAGAUGACGCUGCAUUGAUUUGGGAGUGUGUGAGUGAGACUGAGAGUGAGCAGAGCUUGGCUAGUCUGGAGGUUUCAGCUAAGGACAGAAAAUUCUAAGAGUCAUGAAGGUGAACAUUUUGGAACUGGAAAUAUUUUCUACCAGAUGGGGAGAGGGCAACUUAGCCUGAACUGAUGUAGCACGGAGCCUAAUAUCCAGCUCAGCUUCUGACAUGAAGAAAGAUAUAGAGACCUUAAUAGCAGAGGAAAGAGCAGAGAUCAUCGCCAAGUAUGAAAAGGGAAGGCAGGAAGGAGCUCAUAUUGACCCAUGGGAAGAUGCUGACUUCACCCUGUAUAAAGUCACAGACAGAUUUGGAUUUCUGCAUGAGCAUGAACUGCCAUCCCGCAGUGCAGUGGAAGAGAAGCAAAAGCUGCAGGAGAUUGAACGAGUGGACAAAUGGCUGAAGAUGCUGAAGAAAUGGGGCAAAUACAGAAAUAGUGACAAGAUGUUCCGCAGGGUUUACAAAGGGAUCCCCCUGCAGGUGCGAGGCCAGGUCUGGUCACUCCUGCUGGAUAUCGAGAAGAUAAAGACUGAGAAUGAAGGAAAGUAUGAGAAAAUGAAAGAACAAGCCAAGAGCUUCUCAUCAGAAAUCAAGCAGAUAGACUUAGAUGUCAACCGCACCUUUCGAAACCACAUCAUGUUCCGGGAUCGCUAUGGAGUUAAGCAGCAAGCGUUGUUCCAUGUCCUUUCAGCAUACUCUGUUUACAACACAGAAGUGAGCUACUGCCAAGGGAUGAGUCAGAUUGCUGCCAUCCUGCUGAUGUAUUUAAAUGAAGAGGAUGCCUUUUGGGCACUGGCACAACUACUGACCAAUCAGAGACAUGCAAUGCAUGGGUUUUUCAUUCCCGGGUUCCCAAAGCUGCAGAGAUUUCAGGCCCAUCAUGAGCAGAUUUUAAGUAAACUAUUUCCGAAGCUGAAGAAGCACAUGGACAAGGAGCAGAUGACAACAGGGAUUUACACAACCAAGUGGUUCCUGCAGUGCUUCAUUGACCGGACUCCCUUCACGCUCACCUUGCGGUUGUGGGAUAUCUACAUCCUGGAAGGAGAACGGGUUCUGACAGCUAUGGCGUACACCAUCCUGAAGCUGCACAAAAAACGCUUACUGAAGAUGUCCCUGGAGGACUUACGGGAAUUCCUGCAGGAGAGAAUUUCUGCUUCUCUGCAUUAUGAAGAUGAUAUUAUUAUUGAACAAUUGCAAACGUCCAUGACUGAAUUGCGCAAAAUGAAAUUUGACCUUCCGCCCCCAGCAAAACCUGAAGAAUUCCCUAAGAAACCAUUGGGGCUGGAGCUUUCUCUAAAUCUCGUGGCACUGAAACCCAGCAUUGCAGCGAAUGGCCAGAAUAAGGCUGUCACUGACCUCGACCCUGACCGAGCUACAAAGCUGUCCUCUCCAAACAACAGCCCUGCUCAUCUGAAUGAAACUGUUGGUAACGCGAACAUGGCAAUAAACGAGAGGCUCCCUCCUCUGCCACAGGAUGGGCUUCCCUCGCCGGCAGCAGCAACAGAUGUGCAUCAGCAUCCAUUUAAGGGCCACCAGCAAUGCCAAGAGGAAAACCAGCAUGGAGAAGAAAAUCAGGUAGAGUCACCAAAGAAAGUUGCUGGUGAAACCCCAUCACAGGAGCUGUCUCCUCCAGAGGAGAAUGAGGUUCAGGCCCUCCUGGAGAGCCAGGAUGCACCACCAGUGAGCAGGGAGGCUGUCUCACAAGAGAGUCCUCAGACUCUCAGUGCAGGAAGUGGUAAAGAGGAACUGCAGGAACAUAGCCCCUCCCCUGCUGUAGGCAACACAAACCAGGCCAUUCUCCACACAGCUCAGCUGCAGGCACCUCAGCAAGCACAACCCGAAGGGUCAGCCAUGGACAACUCUGCAGGGGACAUUGCCACCCAGAGCCACAACCCCCAAGUAGACCUGCCUGUCAAUCACAAUAAUAUAUUAGCAGGUCAGGAGUUGCCAAACCAAACACCGUCUCUUCCUUCCCCUGCCGAACAAAGACCCUCAGACACUUCUGUGCAAAACGUCUCGAGUCCUGAAGACACCAGUGCUACCAUCUUCCCAGUGGAUUUACUGACAGGGCUGCCUCCAGAGCAGCAGCACCAGCCUCCCAGUACAGACUCGCGCUCAGCACCAGAACAAAACCUUGCUUCUCCUUGCGACUUGUCAGAGAAAGUACAAGUGCCUGUCUUGUGUAUGGAGAAAGCCCUUGAUACUCUCUCUCUCCCUCUGCAGGAUGGUAGACGGCCUUCUAACGUAUCUCAGUAUGACAACAUAUCCGAGUUGGAGUACAGUGAGGAUAACUCUUCUGGGCAGGUGCCCAGUAUCGAGAAACUUAGCGGUGCAGUGCCACAGAACAAACCAGAUUUAAAAUCCUCAGUACCCAAGUCUGCAUCUGUGGGUGAGAUUGCAGAUCUGGGGAUGCACUCAGAAGGGAGCAUAGACUCAGCACAGCAGACAGUAGGACUGGGCCACCCAGCCUUCAACUCGCUUCCUCGUCAGAGGCUGUCUGGUGGCAGCGGCAGUGUGCCAAUCUUAUCUAUGCUUGACUCUGGGGCAGUUCAGCUGGCAGAGGGUCUGCACGACCGACACCUGUCAUCCCCGGCUUUACAGGGGCAGUCCACCCCCUAUAAAAUAGUUAAAACCACCACCCCACUUCACGUGGCUCAUGCUACCGAGCAGGACUUCUUGAACCAAAAAAAAAUGGCAUUGCCUUUGCAAGAGGGCAGUCGUCAUGUAGGUGCAGCCUUGACGGCAGCUGACGGAGGGGCAGAACUUGAGGUUGUGGCUGCCAACCAGUGUGCGCAGAAGUCAUUAAAUACAUUGAGAGAGCCACGUCCCUGUCUACCCCCAAAGCCAAAAAUACCACCCAAGGUUGCCAAAGCCCAUUCAGAGAACAGUUUCUAUCCAGGCUGCCCUUCCACAAUGCAAAUGUCCAAGUCAGUGACAUUUUAGCAGGGGUAGGGGCAAGGAGGGGAAACAAACAAUAUAAUUACAUUGCCUGUCUAUUCAUGAGACAUCCUUAUAAAGGUUUGCAACUAAAAGGCAACACAGCCCAGGGUAGAGAUGACGGGAAAUGAUCCUGUGCUGAGCUGUGUUUGGUACGAAUGCUUGGGGAGGCAUGCAGGAGUUGGUACGGUGACCAAUAGACAAUGUAUUGGUGCCAGGAGGUGGUUAAAAAGUCUGUGGGGUUUUUUUUCCGUGGACAAAUCACAAAGUGCUUUCACCCCUGCUCACGUGCAGAGAGAGGCAAAGCUGGUUAACGUGCUAAAUAUUUUAACUGUUUUUCUCCCAUUUUUAUAAACACAAGAGCUUGGUCUCAUAAACCAGAGUUUAGUUUCUGUUAAGGUGGGAAUAGAUAUGAUGCAGAGGGUUUUGAGCCAUUCUUACAAACAGAUAGAGAAGCUUUGGGAAG